AUGGGUCGUCGCCGCCACGGGGGGCGUGCGAUCGGCCCGAGGUUAUCUAGAGUCACCAAAGCCGCCGGCGCCCGCCCCCCGGCCGGGGCCGGAGGGAGGCUGACCGGCGGCCGGUCCCGCCCCACGGACCGGGGCGCGCACACCUCGGCGGCGGCGGCGGCGCGGGGAGACAAGGGCGCUUCACCCGCCACCCCCUCCCCUCCGGACGGCCCCGAUGGCGGCGGCGGCCCGCGGGCGGGGGACGGGGACGCCCGGUGGUCGCGCCGGGGACGGCAGCGGGCCGAGCACGCGCUCACGCGGGCCGGAGGUGGGGCGCCGGGCCAGAGCCCGAACCCCUCCCCGCCACCGGGGAGACGCGCGCGGGGCGCGGACAGGCCAACGGCGAGCUGGCCGCCGGGGACCCGACCCACGCCCGGGGCACGCGCGCGCCAGGGCGGGGACGCGGCCGGCGGGGGUGGGGGGCGGCGGGAGACGACGGCGGCCCCUCGUCACCACACAACGCCACCGCCGGGGGGCGGGGGCAAGCGGCGGACGCGGCGGGAAGGCCGCAGCGGGUCCGGGAAGCGCCGGGCGCCCCGGGGAGCGCGGCACCGGGUCGGCAAGACGGACGACGGACGGGGGCGGACUUUCGGGAAAGGCCGCGGACGGGAGACGCCCCGGCGGCCAGGGGCCAGCCAGGCGCCGGAGAACGGCAAGCGGGAGCGGUGGAGGAGAGGACCGCGGGCCACCGCGAGGGGCUUUCGGGAAGCCUCAGAAGGCACCUGGGAGGCCGAGGUCGGGCGCCCAGGGGCACACGCGGGGUCCCACCGCCCGAGGCCUCCAGCGCAAGGGCGGUCCCGCGGCACCCGAGGACGCCGGCCCGGCCCCCACGGCGGGCCCCAAGCAACCUCGCGGGGCUCGGGGGCCCCAACCGCCACCGUUCACGCGACCGGUUCUCUCGAGAACGCUCUCCCGCACACGCGCAACGACGCCCCGCCCCAACACCCCCCGCGCGCCUCCCUCCUCCCCUUCCUCGGAGGACCGAGAGCACUUCGCCCGGGGACGCCCCCCCCCCGAGCCACGGCGGCCAAGGGGGGGGGGCAAGACACCCAACAGCGGCGAGGCCGGUUUCGGUCCACGGAGGGCGGAGUUAGGGGCGCGGCACGCGCGGCGCACCCGCGACCGUGCGGUCGGGGGACGCGGGCAGGCGGGGGGGCGGGUCGGCGGCGACGGGGAGGAGGCGCACAGCGGGCGAGGGCCGGGAGGGCGCGUGGGAAAGGGCCGGUCCCGGGAAGGGCGCGCCAACGAAGGCGCGAGCCGGGCCACCGGGUAAACGCCCACGGGAUCCCACCGCCACCAGCACGAGGGCGGUCCCGCGACGCCCGGGACGCCGGCCGGCCUCAGCACCCUUGGCAGGCCUCCCCACAAACCGGGCCCCACACCGCCCGGGCCCAGGCACGCGCGACCCCCGCCGCGGGGGGCCCGUCCGAACCUCCGUCCGUCCAUCCGCCCGUCCGUCCAUCCGUCCGGUCCAACCCGGAGUCACGACCCGGGCAGGCGCCCCCAGGCGGGAGCUGGCCCGACCCACGCGCGCCCGCCGAGCCACCGCCGGCGGCGACUCGGCUCGGGAGCGGGCGGCGGCCCAGACAGCCAGGCCAGCCAGCCGCUCGCGCGGCACACACAUGGGGUGAGUGGCGUGGGGGGGGCGGGCCGCCCCAACCCCCCGGCCGCGCGCACACUCGCACACGCACGCGGGCAACACACCCCGCACCGGACGCCGGCCCGGCCCGGCGGGAUCCUCCCCCGUCUCGGAGGAGGGAGGCGCAGGCCGCGGUAGGUAGGCAAAGAGCGGCGCUCUGCCCAAACACGUCGCGACGGGAGUCCAACCCCGCGUCGCUGGCCACACUACACGCGCAGAGGAGGGGCAGCGGCUGGGGGCUCCGGUACCCCAAGGCACCCUCUCGGAUCGCUAGAGAAGGCUUUCUCACCGAGGGCGCAUCGCCCCCACCCGUUCGUCCUCCCAAACGGGCCCCACCAGGCGGCGCUCCGGGGCUGACAGGGCUCGCGGGGCGGGGGACGGGUCUCCGGCAAGGGACAGGCACAGGGCAACCCCGAGCGCUCGCGGCCGGUGCCCCCUCGAGGACGCCACCUCCGCCUCGCCCGCGCACGGCGUGGUCACGUCACCGCCCAGAGGAGAGAGCUCCCCGCCUCCCGCGAGCGACGACGGCGGCGGCAGCCCGAGGGGAGUCGCCGGGGAAGGAAACGACGCCACCGCUCGGCCUCAGGCACCUGAGGCGACCUGGAGCGCUCCAGGGGCACCACGGAGGGCCGGGCGCAACGCGCUCUAGCACGCCCAGGCCGGGCGGUGAGCAGCGCGGCGUCGGGCCGGCCCUCCCCGCGGAGGAGGGGAGGGCCGCUCGCCACGGACCCAGGCCUUCGGGAAAGGCCGGCGAGAGUGUCCGCCACGUCCGAGGACCCCGGUCCCGCCAGCGCCGCGAGGCAAGAAGGCGGGAGGGCGGGGUCGGGCCAGAGUCCGCACCACCCCCAACCCCGGCGCGCGCCCCCCGCGCACCCGCCACGACGGCCGGGCGCGGAGGAGCCGGGGAGGGAGGGGCCCGCGGGCAGAACGAGAAGAGCGGUCGCAUCCGCCGUGGACGCCCGUCCCUCGUCUGA